UGUGUAACUUUUAAUCUACAUUUUUACAGGUUACCGCUCAAUGAGUAAAGGAUGGCUCAAUCAGCAGAUUCAAGUCAUUUUUUCUUAUAUUCACUAAUACUAUGUGUAACAGUGGGUGUUUGUUACAUACCAGCCCUAGAUUGCGGUUUUGUGUUUGAUGACAUAUCAGCCAUUGUAGACAACAAAGAUCUCAGACCAAGAACACCUGUAUCAAACCUGUUCUUAAAUGAUUUUUGGGGAACACCGAUGUCAAUGGAAAGGAGUCACAAGUCCUAUCGACCAUUGUGUGUUCUGACAUUUAGAUUUAACUAUAUGUUGAGCGAACUGGAACCAAUGUCAUAUCAUCUACUCAAUAUUAUACUGCAUGCCAUAGUGUGUAUCAUGUAUAUGAAAAUGUGCAAUAUGUUUAUACCAGAGUUGCCUUCUUUUGUUGCUGCCAUGUUGUUUGCUGUUCAUCCAAUACACACUGAAGCUGUGACGGGAGUGGUUGGCAGGGCUGAAUCUCUUUCUUCUAUUUUCUUUAUAGCAGCACUCAUGUUCUACGCAAAAUGUACAAGUUAUCAUCGUGAUACUGCUUGGGGUCCACUAUUUACUACUGUUGGUUUGGUUACUAUAGCGAUGUUGUGUAAGGAGCAGGGUAUUACUGUUAUAGGAGUGUGUGUGGUUUAUGAACUCUUCGUUGCUCAAAGGGCAUUAUUUAAAGACUUGUGGGCAAUUUUGAUGCGUAUUUUACAAGGUGACACAAACAUACCCAAGUGGUUACAAGGGUCUAUAAUUAGAUCAGUAGUUCUUGUAGGUUCUACUCUAUUUCUGUUGAUAGCUAGAAUAAAAGUGAUGGGAGCUCAACUACCUGUAUUCACUAAGUUUGAUAAUCCAGCAUCUGUUUCAAACACUCCAUCCCGACAGUUAACCUACAACUACCUGCUGCCCAUAAAUUUUUGGCUCCUCCUCUUUCCGGCUGAUCUAUGCUGUGAUUGGACGAUGGGAACCAUUCCAGUUAUCAGCUCAAUUGUAGAUCCAAGAAAUCUUAUCACAGUGGCUUUCUAUGCAUGUUUUGGAAAAAUUGUUCAUUUUUCACUGAUGAAACAAGGGAAGUUAAACCGAGCAAUAAUCAUGUGCCUUGCAUUGAUGGUGAUGCCAUUUAUACCAGCAUCUAACCUGUUUUUCCCAGUGGGAUUUGUCGUAGCAGAACGUAUAUUAUACACACCUAGUAUGGGCUUUUGUAUGCUGAUUGCUGUAGGAUUUAACCAUAUCAUGCAGAAUAAAAAGGCCGUAAAGCCAAUACUGUGGUUUUUGAUGGGAUGUCUAGUAUUGUUCCAUGCUGGAAAAUGUUACAUGAGAAAUAUAGAUUGGACAUCAGAGUAUUCUGUAUUCCGAGCAGCCUUAAAAGUGAACCAGAAAAAUGCCAAAUUGUGGAAUAAUGUUGGACAUGCCUUGGAAAAUUUAGAUAGAUAUGAGGAAGCUCUAGAAUACUUCAAGAAAGCUGUUAGUGUACAACAGGAUGAUAUAGGUGCCCACAUGAAUGUAGGACGUACAUACAAGAGAUUAGAAAUGUUUGAUGAAGCUGAAGAGGCUUUCCUGAAUGCUAAGAAUCUCUUCCCACCUAUAAUACAAGGUAAAAGUUACACAGCUCGUGUUGCACCUAGUCACCUGAAUGUGUUCUUAAAUCUUGCCUCCCUAUAUUCACGAGAUUCUAGCAGGCUGGAGGAGGCGGCUUCCUUGUUAAAGACAGCUACAGAUAUGAGACCAGAUUAUAUACAAGGUUAUAUAAAUAGAGGAGAUAUUUAUAUGAAGAUGGGAAAACGAAAUGAUGCAUUAUUGAUGUAUGAAAUGGCACUGAAGUAUGAACCUCUUAACUCUGAUGCUCAUUAUAAUAUGGGUGUAGUAUAUAUGGAACUGGGACAAAGACCAGAGGCUUUUAAAUGUUUUGAGAAAGCUCUGCUGCAUGAUCCUGACCACUGGCAAUCCUUAUAUAACUCAGCUGUUAUGAUCCAAGAAGAGAAGAUGACAGAUAAAUGGCAGGUCGCUGUUGACAGAUUCCAGCAGUUGAUCAAGACACGAAAGAACGACUCCCGGGCGCCAUUUUCCCUCGCUAUGUUAGCCAUGGACAUGCAGGACUUUAUUGCAGCUGAAAAAUAUUUCAAAAUGUCCCUCGAGAGGGAGCCAACCUUUAAGAGUGCUAUAUUCAAUAUGGCGUUGAUGAUGACCAACAAUAUGGGAAAACCAAAGGAAGCUGUGCCAUAUGUUAGAAAACUCCUUGAGCUAUAUCCGGACCAUGUGAAGGGUUUAAUGCUGUUAGGAGAGCUAAAUGUCAAUGUUUUAAAGAACCUUGAUGAAGCUGAACAGUGUUUCACAAAAGUACUUGAACACGAACCGUCAAACAUAGAGGCCAUGCACAACUUAUGUGUAGUUUUUGUUGAGCGAGGCAUUCUGUACAAAGCUGAGAAAUGUCUCGCUGAGGUUCACAAACUCGCUCCCAAAGAAGAGUACAUUUUAAAACAUUUAAAUAUUGUGCGUGCAAAGAUCAAUGAAUAUUUAGAGAAAAAGAAGGCAGCCGAAGCACAAGGUCAGCCUGCAGGAACUGAAGGUCAACAAGGUCAAGCAGCUCAAGGCCAGCCAGGUCAAGGUCAACCAUCUCAGGAUAAAUCUCAAGGUCAAGCACAGGCAGGUAAAGAUCAAACUGGGAAGAAGGAUGGAGCGUAGUUUUGUAGGUUAGAUAUAGGUUAUGAUAAAUUAUGAUAAAAAAAGAUCUCUUAGAUUUGUUUUACAUUCCAUAUUUUAAUUCCAAUGUUGUUACCAUAACCCUUGCCGCUAGAAGUGUUAUGCCAUAAAAUAUUAUAAAGUACUAAGAUAUUCAAUAGUGUAAUACUGUUUAAAAAUUAAUGAUAGAAGGGCAUAAAAACACAAGAGAUAAAAGUUAUAUAAACUUUUUUUAGUUUUUAUAAAGGGGAGUAUACAGAAGUCACCCUAUGGCUGGAUGGCAUUCAUGUGAACUCUCCCACUUUUAGCGGGAGACUCCCACUUUCUGCAGCUAUAUUUUCAAAGAUUUUUCUUAAAACAAGAGGUAUUUUCACAAAUUAAAGAAAUCUCCCUCUUUUCCUUCCUUCUUUAUUUAUUGCAAAUUCUAAAAUCUCCCUCUUUUUGAAGAAAAUUCUCCCGCUUGAUCAUCGAAAAAAGUUCACAUGUAUGGGAUGGUCGGUUGGGUGCCAUUUUAUAAUUAUCUUCCAUUGUUUUAUAAUGAAAAUAAAUCUUGUUUAAAGCAUAUUAAGAGAACUUUGAAAUGGAUUUGGUUGGCAGCUUGAAAUCUACAAAAUAAAAUUGACUUCCAAAUUUUAUGCAUGUGUUAGAAAAUAUAAAAACUAUGAUUAUCUCCCUUUCUAUAACAAAACACUGUUAAUCACCUUCAGUAAUAGUCCUAGUUUAAAUUGUUUGUGUUUACUUAGAAAAAUAUAUAUGUAAAGUUGUUUUUUCUAUGUUUUAGUAAUUGAUGUAAGUUGAUUGUAUUGAUGGUAAAGCCAGUUAUAUUCAUUCACAGGUUUUAUUUUAUGAAAAUGUUAAUUGAGAAUCAUUUUGCAUAUUUUCGUUUUUUAUUUUUAGCUCACCUUAGUGCAAAAGGCUCACAUAUAUAUUAUGUCUUUUUCUAGUAAUUGAUGGCAGGUGAGCAAUGUAUAUCUCUUUCCC